CACAGACAAUCUGUCAUGGCGGAGUAAUCAGCUGUUAAUUGCAAUGCCGACGAGUAGAAAUAAAUUGUUUCAUUUUCAUCACUAAUGCACAAUUUUCUUCUUGUUUUUAAUUUCAUUUCAUUUCAUAGAAAGUGAUUUUUCAUCGAAAGUUUAUUUUUAAACAGUAAAAGAAUGGCGCGAUCUCCCAUGUCAUCUGUCAGUUUUAUUCAUUCAUCCAUUAGAGUGCAGAAAAAAAUGUGACUUGUUUGUUAAAUUCUGUUCUAUCCACUACUACGUGCUAGAUGAAGAUUAAAUGCAACCGAUUUAUGUUUACUUGUAGUUUUUCGAACUCGCCGAUGCCAGUGAUGUGUAGUGUAAUCUUAUGUAUACGUACGUAGCGCAGUCUUUUCUAUGGCCUAACAAAAUCCUUCUACAAAGAGCCAGUGCGGCGUCGUCGGUUUACGCUUUAUGUUAUUUUAUUGGACAUCGGUGGUUAGCUUAUGUGUUAUAGUUGGUGCAAGAGGUGUUUGUUUUUGAGUGAUAGUAGCGUGUGGGGGUGGAAAAUGUCGGGCCGUGUACGAAAACAGUCGGAUUGCCCAGUGGGGAAGCAGGGGCCUAUGAGGGCGACACUGCCGGUGUCGUCGGUGAUGAAAGGCGGUGGUCUGAAGAAGAACGCCGCCAACAGUCCAACACUGUCGCCGACCAACGUGUGGCGGCGGAUAUCGCCCGAUCACGCGCUCUCCGGACAGAGGAGCCCUGGCGCUGUCAACUACAAAGGAAAAGGACGCUUUAGCUCUAAUGUUAUCAGACGCACAGCCUCUCUAGACACUCUUUAUCAUAAAGGGCAAUGGCCGAGGGAUUACUACCUUCACGCAGGACAGUUACAAGUUGAUAAAUCUACACAAACUGAUGAGGGUGGCGGAGUAUCAGGUCGGUCUUCUAGGGGCUCUGAUGAUGACAAACUAGAUCGUUUCCUUAGGAGCCGUCUCCAAAGACCACACAAACCGUCAGCAUCUGGAGAUUAUUCCUCACAUUCAAUGAGUCCUGGUUUCUGGUCUCGUUUUGGCACAGGCAGCGUGCCUCUAAGGGCAGCACGAUCAUCAGUAGAAGGUCUCAAUCAAGAGAUAGAAAAACUCGUCCUCUACCCCGCCAGUGGCACACAGACACCGCAUAUUGAUCGGCUAAGAGAUAAGGUCACGCCUGAAGGUCACCGCGCGCCGCUCGCCGAGCUCCUGAGACGUUCAGUCAACACACAAACCCCGCACGACCUCUGUCACACAGCACACUCGUCAGGCGGAAGUGUCUGCUCCUCACCGGAUCUCGACGGCUCAAAACUUGGGACUUCACCACAAAUAAACCGAUUCCUAGCCCGCGAGCCUCCAGAUGGUUGUGAAAAAGUAAACCUGAAAGCGGGCGACGGCGCGUACGUGGAGCCGAUGGUGAUGAAGCCGACGGUGCCCGCGUUCACCUUGCGGCCGUCGCUAGGCUCCGCCUUCCAGCCGCUGCAGCCCGCGCCCGCCUCGCCGCACGCACCGCACGCGCCGCACGGCUCGCCGCACGCGCCGCACGCGCUGCCGCACCCCGCGCCGCACGCUUCGCCGCACUGACGAGACGAGCGCCGGGGGGCCGAUGUCACUCGACGACGCAAUAGGGUAUUUGACAUUUUCCUACAAUGUUUCAGGUGUUAAGUUUGUUGCGUUCGCAACCUUUUGUUAGUCGUCGCGAAAGUUGAAUUUGUAGUUAUGUACAAAAUUAAAUGAUGCGAUAAAACGACUACAAUUCAACUAUCGAGACGCGUUAAGCCCCCAUUUUUUAUAAUAAUUAUCCCUAAGUUACCUACACACCGCGACAGUUGAAAAUUUUGAAGCUUGUUGGCAAUGAACGUAUGUUAAAUGGCAUGAAUAAAAUACGUUACAGUUGUACAAUUUUUAUAUUUGUUAGUAAAAACAACUUAUUGCGAACUAAUAACGAUGCAGUAGCCCUCGCACGAGAGUUUUUUUAACGGACGUUAAAAAGGCGUUGAAAUUUAGUAUGAAGUUUAAUGAAGAUCUAUUUCCAACGCCCAAAAUUGAAAAUGCAACACUGCUCGAAAAAAAGCGUCGUGUUUUAAAAUAUGCUGUCGUGUGAACAUAUACUUGCCAAUGCAUUUGUUGUAUUUGAACGCUUUUUUAACGUCCGUUAUAAAACUCUCGUGCGAAUGAAGGCUUAGAGCCGGUACCCAAAGGUCGCACCGGAUUUUAAUCUGAUGUCCCAGAAGCUUAGCGGUUUUUAUUUUAUUGACGGCCUUCGUGGCGCAGUGGGUUUACAAGUGGUUCUGGGUUCGAUCCCCGGCUGGGCCAAUUGAGAUUUUUUUAAUUGGUCCAGGUCUGGCUGGUGGGUGGCUUCGGCCGUGGCUAGUUACCACCCUACCGGCAAAAACGUACCACCAAACGAUUUAGCGUUCCGGUACGAUGUCGUGUAGAAACCGAGAGUUGUGUGGAUUUUCAUCCUCCUCCUAACAAGUUAGCCAGCUUCCGUCUUAGACUGCAUUAUUUACCAUCAGCUGAGUUUGUAGGCCUAAUUUGUAAAAAAUAAAAAAAAACAUGUAAAAUUUUGUGCCAUUAGAAUGUCCGAUUAAAAUUUAUAAUAUCAUCAAGGCAAGACAGCGGUGCCUGCAACGCGAGCGGAUGUUGGUAGUGAAAAAAAUAACAAAAUAUGGUUAUUUGUUCGACUUGACGGUCUCUUGGAAGAAAGAAAGUUUAAUAUUUUGUAGCCUGACUCAGGAAACGAACCCACGUCCUCAUGAUUCCAAGCUAUGAUUAGCUAAGACAAAAUGGGUUAUUCAAUGACUGAAAUAUCGCUGAAAAUAAUAUAUUAAAAUAAAAAAACAUACAUAAAGCCGAACGUAGAACCUCCUCGUUUUUGGAUGUCGGUUAAAAAUACAUAAAGCCGAUCAUAGAACCUCCUCGUAUGCGCGGGUACAUCGGCGUGACUUAUAAAAGUUGUAAAACUGUAAAGUAAACAGCUUGCAAGUUGAACUCUGCGCAGUAACACAUUUUUGGGUGUUAGUCAACGAUAUUUUAUACAAUAGAUAUGUUACGUGCGUACAAAUCACCGCAAAAAGUGAUCAGAAUUUAGCUACUCCACUGAACGCAUAAAUGCAUAAUUUUGUGAUAACUUACGUUAUAUACUUAUACAUACGUAUAUAAUAUAUAACCCCUCUCAUUCGGAGAGUGGUUGUUAAUGAAAUUAUGAUGAAUUCUGCUAAGUAACUUUCGUUGUUUACUAUGAGACUAUAUGAAAUUACGCCAAACUGGGUGACUUUAUUCGUUUAGCAUUUGUGCACCCAGUGGACCAGCUGAACAGCUGAACCAGUUGGAACCUCUUGUAUAUACGUAACAUAUCUUAUAGUAUAAAAUCAUUAACCUGCGCAAACAAUUGUCUUUUGGUUCAACUUGCCGGGGUUUAUACUUCGCCAAUACAAAUACAUCACGCCCAACUUUCGCGGUGCGUACAUUUUUAAUUUUAGACAUUAAUUUUAGCCAUUGUACUUCAUUUGGUCCCGUAUUUUUGAAAAUGUCAAAUACCCUAUUGUAAUAUAAAAGUCGGCAGACAUUGAAUAUUGGUCACACUGGACCCAUAAACAUCACAUUUCACCCCCGAUUUGUAAUCAAAAAGGAAAUCAAACAAAGAUUGGACACAAAAUUUAUGUACAGACAACAAUCCAUCCACUUUUAUAAUAGACACAAAAUACAUUUCACUAUAUCGUAUAUCAUAAAAUAUCUGUAUUACAUGUACGUAUGUAUAUCUAUAAAUAUAUAGAUGAAUGUGUUGGGACAUUGAAAAGCUCUGAGUUUAUUUGGAAACAAACAAUUGAAACUUUUGUGAAAACCAACUUAUAUUGAAUAUUCAUUCGGUUUCAUUGGGUAUCUCAAAUGUAAUCUAUGCAACAGUGAAAACAAAACUCUUUUUUUCCAUUGAUUAAUAGUCUAAUCUAGUACCAUACUCGUGUAUUCUUACGAAUAAGGAAAUUAGUAAUGAAGAUUCUUUUAUGUGUUGUAUUCCAACAACCUCUAAUAAUAACGCCAAUGCUCCUUUCUAUUGCCUUUUGAGAUUUUGUUUCCUCUACCACUUACAUAUUGUCGAGUCAAGAGUUGAAUAGGCACCUUAAACCUAAAUAUGAAAGUGUGUUUAACCAUAGGCUACAUCCAUUGACCUCAUAAAAUAAAAAGACGCACAAUAAUGUAGAAAAUUUCACUUAAAAACUCCCCAAUUUUGCUUUGACUUAUUGGUAAAGAAAAUUAUACCUGAAGGCCUUUAAAUAUAUCCAAUAUUUAAUAAAAUCCCAAAUUCAGAGCUAAUUCAACCCUCAAUUCAAGUAGUCACAUUUGCUAAUUCAACCUUAGAAUUAGCAAAUGCGACUACUUGUAUUAAGUGCCAAGAAGUUGUGUUUGGCACUCAUUGAGUGGGGACGUUUUUUGGUCGCUGAUUGUGCAUUCACUUUUUACUAGGACAUCGAUGGCUACAUCUUGUAAAUCAUCAUAUCAGCCGAUGGACGUCCACUGCAAGACAUAGGCCUAUUAUAGUGACUUUUCAAACAUCACGAUUCUGAGCCUGCAUCCAGCAAAUCCCUGCGACUAGCUUGAUGUCGUCAGUCCUGGUGGGGGGUCGACAAACACUGCGAUUUCUAGUGCGGGGUCGCCACUUCAGUACCUUGGAACUCCCUAACGUUCAUCGGCUCUUUGAACUAUAUGCCCAGCCCAUUGCCUUUAGGUUCGCGACUCGUUGAGCUAGAUCGGUGACUUUGAUUCUUCUGCGGAUCUCGUAAUUUCUGAUUCGAUUACACUUUAUCAAAAUUAAAUGCUUGUAUUUAACUUCACUAUAAAAUAUAUUCAAAAUGAACUUUUUAAAGAAAACUGUUACAAUAAUAUUGUUUUUUUACUCGACUGAGCGUGUUAGGAGCGUUGACGUGAGAUAUAGUUGAGGCUAAAUAUGGUAUUUGUUAUUACAUAUUUUAUUAUCUUGCCAAAUUGUCUAUGACACCACUUCUUGUACAUUUCUUUAUUCGUAGGUUAUACCCAGUAUUAAUUGAUUUGGUCUAUAACAGCUGAGAGUUCGUGUACGAAUAUUCUGUUGCUUAUACUACCUUGUAAAUUGACUUUUGCAAAUGUAAGCCCUUGCUAUUAAGUCAACAGUAUACAUUACUACCACUUUUAUAACUUACAUAGACAAUUACGUUUUUUUGUUAUUAUGAUGGUUCAAAGAUGGCUUUAAUGACCUAUUACCCUUAAUUGCACACAGAAACGAUUGCAAACACCAGUUAAACACACUGACUUUAAUUGAUAUUAAUGUCAAAAGAUUUAAAAUCCAUUUACAAGCUAGUUAUAAAAGUGAUAUUAAUGUAUAAUAUGUCUAGUUAUCAUAUAACGGAUUAUUUUGAAUCACAUCUCGAUUACCACAUAAAGAAAGAGAGAAUAUUAAAUACAAUGUCUAAUAUUUAUCAUAAGAUAUAUGUGAAUUAUUUUUAUCUGGCACCAUAAUACAUUCUUACUCUGUGCUUGUGUUGUCUAUGAAUUUCACGGACAGUGUGUUGAUGUUUUAAACUAAAGAGUUGUUCCUCGACGCAAUGAACCCUCAGUUUAUACACACAAACACAUUUUGGUCUAUCAUUUCAACACUACAUUCAAAAUAAACAGACUUCCGGAAAAGAUUGACUUUUUUGUGGCCUAUCUUAAACAAUACAAGCAUAUUUGUUGAAUGUGUUGACUUGCCAGUUAGAUAUAGUUGUAUAUAUACAACUUAAAUCAAUCUGGAUAAUUGUAGAAGUGUAAUUAAUAAGCUAUAUAUUGAUGAAAAAAUUGCACAAAUAUAGCAUUGAACAAAAACAUGAAUAUUUCUCAGAGAACCUUUAAAAGUUAGUUAGUAAAGCAUAAUGAAUAAAUAAUAAAUGUUUGUUUUUAACUCAAACGAGGCGGAUACCUUUUUUGAUAGUGAAUUUCAAAAUUUUAUAGAAUUUAUGAGAGUAUAAAAGAAAAAAUACAUACUAUGUUCAAUGUUCAUAGUAUAAAAAAUUAAAUUGUAUCCAAGUAUCUGUACUUUGAAUAUAACCAUAAAUUAAAUUAAAUGUUUUCGUUAGAUAUAACUUUAGUGGUACUUCGCAACAUUUGCGAGUAAUUUUAGUAAAUUAAAUUUAACCCCAUAUUAUGUACAUUUUCAUCAACAUAAUAAAUAUGUAAUUUGUGGAAAAGAUCGAUGUUAAAGAAAGUUAAUUGUUCUCAAAUCUCAUAGAACUACCAAAAUUUUAAACAGUAGUGACAAUAAUGAAUUGUAUUUGUAAGUAAAAGUUUGUGUAGUUUCAAAAUAAUGAAAUCAUGCUUGAUAAUUUUCGUGGUCACUUAUAUGAAUGAAUAGUAUUUUUAUUUACAGAUAAACCAAAGUAAAAAGUAACCCGCAAUAAAUAAAUUUCGCAUCGUGACAUUUUGUAUUCAGAUUUCUUUUAAUGUGAGAUGGAUACGAACUAUAUCAAUGAAACUUGAAUAUAUGUGAGAUUUACUUACAAAAAUCUCAUGUUAAACUUUACAUGCUAUUUAAAUUAUGUGCUUGGCGUUUUUUUUUUUCAUUUUAUGUAUUGAAAUUAGAACUUAUUUUGAUGAUAUCUAUAUCUUAACUGAAUAAUCUACAUGCAUUUGUUUAUUAGGAACAAAGUUAUUUUAUUUAAAUGUACAAUAAAUUUAAUUAUAAGUGAAGUUUCAUGUGAUUACAAAUAUCUAUCUUGCUGAAGCACAUUAUUUAAAUUGUAGUGUUAAUAUACAUAUUUUGUGUAUAUAUUUUAAACUGAAAUGAGGCAUUUUACUAAACACUGCUAUAUAACAUAAUAUUACGAAUGUUAUAUAGCAGUGUUUACAAAAAUGGAUGUGUUAUGGAAAAUUUCAAUGAUAUGUUACCUAAAAACUACAAAUAGACACGGAUAGACUGGAUUACAAAUUUGAUCUCAAAUAUCGUUUAAAUCUUGUACAUAAACUCAUAUACACAUUUGUAUAAUAAUAGUAUCUCCGAGUAUUAAAUAUUUGUUUUUUUUUACAUUCAAUUUGUAAAGUUUGCUGAAUGGAAUCCGAAUGUAAUUUUUUUUUUAUAUUUGGUGAUAAAUAAACUUGGACCAAAAUUCUCAAGGGCUAGAGUAUCCGAGAUAGUGAUGAAAGCCGUGGACUCGUGGUACGCUGUUUUUCUAAUGAAGAUAGCUUUAAAUUAAAAGGGAUUUGACAAGAAAACGUGGAAGAUGAUAGACUGAUUUUUUAAAUCUUUACUCAUGCUUUGGUACAGGUAUCUUGACAAUGAUUAUAUAAUAAAUAUAAAUAUAUAUAUAUUAUAUAUACUCGAGAGCAUGCGCGCCAUUUUCUUUCACGCUUGGUGUUAGGCGUAUUACACACACGCGGGCUGGUAAUAACACGAAUAAUAUUGCCAGUGUGUAAACGUGUGUAGCACGCCUAAGUGUGAACAUAUGCCAACAAAUAUAUUACCACGCGAUAUGUAAUAAAUAAAUGAAAGUUUUGCUUGUACAUUAAGAGUAUAUAUACAGUACAGAGAGUUGUUUACAUUUUGUUGAGAAAUGCGUCGGUCAGGUAUCUGUACUGGGUGCAACACAACGGACAGACACGGUACUCGUUUUAUAUCAUUGGAUAGGAAAGUAUGGACCAUGCCAAUUGGAUCUCUCAUUUUGGCCAAAACGCAUUUCUAUCAUCGAGACUGAUAAUGUAGAAUGUUGAAAACAUAGUUAGAUCUGUUCUAUUAUUUUUUAAAGUUUUGUAAAUUUCGACGGCGAAGUAUAUAAUUAUAUAUUUUUGGGACGGCUCACCUUUGGAAUAUAGAGUAUUUUAAAUCUUGUCAUUGCUCAAAUCAAAAUUUUUAUUAGGAGCCACACUUAUGAUAUAAUAUGCCGAAUUUGAUGUGUAAAAACAUUGUGAUUGUAAUAUCGAGUUGCUGAUAUCUAUAAUAUGUGUAUUAUAAUUUUGUAUAAUUAUGUGUACGGAUUAUUAUUUAACAAAUGAAUGUGAUAUAUAAGUGAAUAUAGGUCGUAGCUUGACAACCUGGGUUACUGCGACGCUGACGUGUAUCUAAUAUACACCGUGCUAGUUUUACUGUCUGUAAGCCGCCCGACAGUUAUUAGUCCAAUACAAGAAACCCCUUAACAAUAUUAAAAAUGACCUCAAGCUAAUUCACAACCUAGCGAAAAAAAAAACAAUUUAUUAAUGAAAAAAUUUAUUUAUACCUUAUGUUUAUAUGGACAUUAAACAUCCUGUAAAAUUCUGUUUCGUAAGUAUGAAGUCAUUGAACUUUGACCUAGUAAGUGAAUGACCUCAAAGGGACCUACGAGCCGCAUAACGGCAUCGCGACGGAUAGGUAGGUGUUUGAAAAUACAGGAUGUUUUAAAAUAAUCGAUUUUUGAACGUUGGUGACAAUCGUAACUCCUUGAAUUAUACUUUGUUUUUUUUAUAGGACGAAGUUAUAUCGGUUUUAGACGAAGGAAACUUCACGGUGUAUUUGUAGUGCGACACAAAGCAGGCAGUGGCCGAGUGUUGUGAAGUGUUACCGAAGGUGCUGCGGAGUGAUUUAGUGUAAGGUGGUGGAGGUUUGAGCUGGCUUGUGUCAAGGGAGGGCGUUGAAUAUCUUUUGGACUCGAGGUAACUUGAUGGCAGUUUUUUUUUUUUGAUUAUAUUAAUAUGUGUACGUGACGAUCGAUAAGAAUUUUGACUGUGUACAAAUAAUUUCAUAUAAUAUGUAUAUAUAUUUUUUUUAUUUCAUGUAUGUAGAUACCUACAUUAAAAAUUUAUUCGGUAGUAUUAUAUGAAACCAAUAAAACUCAUCUAUGAUUUCACAAUCAUUAGUGGUAAAUAUUGUAAUGAUAUAAUAGUAAUAUACGCUGCGCAAAAAAAAAACUAAUGAAAUUCAUUUAAAUAUGGAAAUACAAAGCCGAGCCAGUAUUUAAAAACCGGAUUACUGUGUAGAUUUCUCUCAUAAGUGCAAUAUCUAGCUGUAAUGUUGACAAAUAUUCUAGCGAACCGUAUGUAUGUCGUAAAUCUGUGAGUUUAUUUCGUCUCCUCCGAACGAACUGUUUAUUUUGGUUGCACACAUAUAUACGUUGCGCACACGUACACGCUUUUUGUCUUUGACAUCACAAUCUCUGGUUAAGGAAUACUCUAAGCAGUUGAACUAAAUAUUUAUCAAGAGAAAGUAUACCUACUUAAUUGAAGGAAAUUAUUUUUGUUAAAUGUGAUUUAUCUGUCUAUGAAUUACGUCACGAUUUUUAUGAUUUUUACUUAUCAAUUAUUAACCAAGAUAUUUUUUAUCCAAUCAUAAAGCAUAAUAGUUGGCAUCCAAAUAAAGAAUCUUUGCAUGUCUAAUAAUCAUGAUUAUGUCAAACAACAAUGUAAAUGUAAUCAGCAUCUUUUUUUUUGUCCAAUCGCGAUGCACCCUGUUUACGAUCAAACAUUUACAAAUUGUCUAGCAGCACUUGUUUAAGAUAUUUUUGAUAAGAAUUUUUCGCUAUUUUCGCUAUAAAUAAAAUUAAAAAUUGGGAUCCUUAUUUUCAUGACAUCCCAUACUUUGUCAUACUUCGUCAAUUCGUUCAUUAACUUGUGACGUAAUUUAUAGAUGGCCCUUAGGUAGACGUAAUUAAAUAUUACGUAUAAACAUUCUCUGAAUUAUUUGCGACUUAGUUUUACUUCUGGUAUAGACGGUGCGCUAUCGACUGAGUCGCGAGUCGAAAUUAUGGCCCGACAACUCAGUUGAUAACACGUCUAUAAAGUCGGUAACAGAGCGUGUACGUUUGCGUAGCGCCGUAAACAAUUGUACAGUUUUUGUAAUGAUCGUAAGCUUUAUAUUCGCAUCGCUUCCUGUUAGCUUCCGUGAUGUUGAUAGACACCCUGUGGUACCCCGAAACAUAUGCUUUAUAGGCCGUACAGACUAAUAUAGUAUUUUAGUCGAGUACGAACAAUUUUUGGGCGGUAUAUCCAAAAAUUGUUCGUACUCGACUAAAAUACUAAAGUAGUCCGAACUAGGCCUUAGUGACGUACGACUUCGAUUUAUUAGAUUUAUGUCACAGGUCCAGGUUGUACUUUAGGAUUUAUCUUUCCCUAUGUCGUUACCUAAUUUAAGAUUUAGUAAAUUUAGGUGACCCUAAACGUUAGCUGUUAAUAAAUGUGUGCUAUACAACGGUACCCUUGCCGAUUAAUUUUAUGUAAGAGCUUUCUGCAUAGAGUUGUUUCCAUAUCCCAUUAUAAUAUACGUAGGUAUGUCAUGUUGUAAGAGCCUAAUAGAAUGAGCAAUGUUUUUUAACCUAGUUCCAUACCCAGCAAUUGGUCUCCUAUUAAAACAAUGAAGGUACAAUACCCAAGUAUAACUGGGUGAUAUUACGAGAAAAUAGUUUACUUUUUACAUUCUUCGAAUAAUUAUGUAAAUCAUAUUCGCAAAUGAAACAACUUUGUGUAGAAUUAUUAAUGUUUUUUAAAGUACAUAAAGAUAUUUUUGUAUGUUCAGGGUAGGCGUCGUGCGAGAUGAUGAUGUAACAUAAAAAAAAAAUAAAAAUUGCUAGAACCUUAGAUUUGAUAGUUCUUUUUUAUAGAUGGUUAAUAUUAUUUUAAAGUUUGCUUUUAGAUGAUUAAUAAGUUUCUAAUUUUUAUUACGAUAUUAGAUUAAAUACUAACAUAAAACUAAACCAAAAGUGCCCAUUGAGAUAAGUUUAUAAACGAGCAAGCCUUUUGUUCAGCAUUUUGUUAAAGUAUAAAUGUUUAGGCGACUUUAAAAAAUUAGUAAUUAAGGAAAUUAUGCGAGGAUUGUUGAGUUUUAGUUUUCUAAAAUUGUUGAGGUUUAUUGAAAAAAAAUUCUUUUAUUUUUUUACACACAAUGUUCAACAGAAGGCUUGUUUAUAGGAGGCAUUAAUAAUUAACAUCAAUAAUAAUAGUAUCGAUUUUAAGUAAUGAUAAGAAUGGUUUUAUUAUAGUUUUGUUUCAAAGAAGAAAUUCUAAUUACUAUUUGUGUUUCCAAUAUUUUAUCACUUUUACCUGUUUUCAUUGUAAUGUAUCUUGCUGUAUUGCAGACAUAUCCAAUAUACAGACUGAUUUAAAA